GGCCGCUGUAGUGAGCGCAGGUCCCGGGCCGACGAGGGCUCCGGCGGGCGUGCGGGAAUGAGCGGCUCCCUGGGCCGAGCGGCGGCGGCCCUGCUCCGUUGGGGACGCGGCGUUGGCGGCCUGCUGGGCCCGGGCGCGCGGGCGGCGGGCUCGGGCUCAGGCGGCGGCAGCGGCUCGGCGGAGCAACUGGACGCGCUGGUGAAGAAGGACAAGGUGGUGGUCUUCCUCAAGGGGACGCCGGAGCAGCCCCAGUGCGGCUUCAGCAACGCCGUGGUGCAGAUCCUGCGGCUGCAUGGCGUCCGCGACUACGCGGCCUACAACGUGCUGGACGACCCCGGGCUCCGGCAAGGCAUUAAAGACUAUUCCAACUGGCCCACUAUCCCGCAGGUGUACCUCAACGGCGAGUUCGUGGGUGGCUGUGACAUUCUUCUGCAGAUGCACCAGAACGGGGACCUGGUGGAAGAACUGAAAAAGCUGGGAAUCCGCUCCGUCCUUUUAGAUGAGAAGAAAGACCAAGACUCAAAGUGAGGGUGGCACGGGUCUUCGCUGAGCAGAACGUUCUGCUCUCAGAAGAGGAAGGAAGCUUUUAGUGUCAAAGACUCACUGCCAGAAAAGCCUUAUCAAUUUGGGGUUUUAUUAUGAAGACUACAACUGCUUGCACUAAUUCUACAGGUCUGUGAGCAGUUGGGUGAUUAUUUAGUUUGUCUGGUAUUUGGGCUAAGAAUAUUGUAAAGAGAAUUAUAACCACUGCACUGUAAUAAUUCAAUGUUGUGUUAUGGUAUUGCUGUAAACAAAAUCUGUUCUUAUGUUGUCAUUUACCCUUUGCCUGAUUCAGGAGUAAAACUCAGACCUUUUAAAUCAUCAUUGCCAUCCAUGGCUCCUCUGCAGGUGAGUCAGCCUGCAAAGACAAUGGAUCUCCCCUCCCCAAUUCUGUAGCUUUUUCUGUUAAGGAUAUGAUGGACAAGGAAGAAAAUGUAAUUAACUGGGGUGAUGUUUUUUAAAAUAAACUGCCAACUUGGGGAUA